UUCAUUAUCAAAAUAAGUCACUUUAAAAAAAUGCAUUCAAUUUUGAUUGUUUGUUUGGCAUUUGGCAUUGCUGCUGUUAAUUGUGCUGCUGCAAGAGAUGGCCCUGUUCUAGAAUCAACAAUUGGAAAUGAUGGCAAUUUUCAUUUACGUCUUGAAGAUGCUGAUGGAACAAAAAUUCUUGAAGAUGGACAUUUGAAGAAAGCUGGUGAUAAGGAUGGGGAAGUUAUCGAAGGUUUAUUCUCAUUCAUUAAAGAUGGCCAAACAUUCGAAACUAGUUUUACUGCCGAUGAAAAUGGUUAUCAGCCAAAAGGAGCCCAUAUACCAACUCCACCACCAGUUCCAGAAGCUAUUGUACGUGCAUUAGAAUACAUUGCUAAACAUCCAGCUGUUCAGUCAGAAAAAUUAAGCUCAAUUAAGGGUUAGAUAAAUAGUGUUUAUUACUUUGCUAUUUCGGCAGUAUUAAAUAUACGCUCUCA